UUCUCUCUUUAAUCGUAUUAUCUUUCAUUCUGCCAUUAUCCGAUAUAGAAUCUCCUCGCUAAAGUAAGAUAGAAUACAAGAUUGAGAAUCUCCUCGCUAAAGUGAGAUAGAAUACAAGAUUAAGAAUGAAGAAGUCUGAUGUCUUUAGCUUUGGACCUUGGAAAAUAACUUCCACCAAAGGAGCUAUUCUAAAAGCGAAUGACGCGGAGAGGAUCUCUACUGAGCUGGAGCUUCCUUCUCUUCCUGAAAUGGUGUUUGGCGACAAUGUUCUGCAGAUCGAUCAUGCGGCAGGAUUUGGAAUUCAAUUUAAUGCUCUGGAUGCACUAAAACUGGUAGAUAACCAGCAUGACUUGAUGAAAGUUGCUGUUGCAGAAGAAUGGCAAAGCAAAAGGCAGGACUCAGAAUAUAUCAAAGAGGUUAUAAAACCUUUUGACUGGACAUUCACAACAGAUUACAAGGGAACAUUGACUGGAAAAGAGGAGAUUGUAUUACAGGUUGAGUCCACCAAAGAAAGAAUAGAUCUAGAACAGCUGAAAGUUAAAGAAAAGAUUUAUUUCUAUGAGGACAUUAUAUUGUAUGAAGAUGAAUUAGCAGAUAAUGGCAUAGCAAAGUUGAAUGUCAAAAUGCGUGUUAUGCAAGGGGGUUUCUUCCUGUUACUGAGAUAUUUUUUAAGAGUAGAUGGAGUUCUCGUUAGGAUCAAUGAUACUAGAAUUUAUCACAAGGCUGGCACAUCAUACAUGUUGAGGGAGUAUUCAUCAAAAGAAAGAAAAGUGGAAGACCUCUUGGAAUUAAAGAUUCCUAUUACAGAUCCGACACAAUUGGCUGAACACUUAUUUCUUCGGUACGAGACAUUCGAGAAACUGUCUUUUCCUGAUGGCAUUGAUGCAUUGUUUGGUGUAGAAUCCUCGGUCAGUUAAAAGUCUUGUACACAGUAGAGCUAGUAGGAGACGUGUAAACGAAUAAGGAAUCGGUAGAAUUAAUUCCACUACAGGGAUUGAGGAAGAAGAGGCAAGAAAAGUUUGAUUCGAUCAAGAUCACAGCUCAAAGGUUUACUUCCAAUAUCGUUGUCGUUGGAAACCUUAGGGAGAAAGGCCUUUUCGCUAUCUGACCAUGGAGACUGGUCUGAAAGCGAAGGAAUUCUCAGCCGGACAAUCGUAGUCUACAGUAAGGAUAACUCGGUAUCUUAAUUUUUUCGUUUCCCACAAGGACGACAGACGAUGCUGGUAGUAAUCUGAAUUUGGCAUGUCGCGCCGCUGAAUGUUUGACUCAAAGAGGAACUGUUACAUAAUCACGAAAACAAGUCACUCCUUAAGUUAUGCAGGUCAUACACAAGCUCUUCGAACAAAAGGGAUUCAUGGACAGAAAAAAAUGAGUGAAUUUAGCACAAGUCGCUGAGAGGCGACACACCCAUUGUUAGCUCUUUCUUCGGAAAAUAAUCAUGAGAAAAGCUAACUGAAUUGCCAGCUGUAAUUUACCAAACCUUUAUGAAAUGAAAUUAAAACCUGUCUUAAAACAAUGCGAGUAAGAGCCAGCCACGGCUGAUCAGUAGAAAGGCGAACCUCUCCAAUUCUUUAUGGCGCAAUAAAUCAACCUCUUACUUAAA